AUGACCAUGCUGAGCGAUAUAACAAAGGCAUUCGCAGACUACUUCAUCGACAAAACUUUUGACUCCUUCGCGGAGUUUGAUAAGCAUGUCAGAAUUUUUCAGAGGGCAACUGGAAGUAUAUAUACCCUACGUGAUGCUCGGAAACUCACAUCAAGCGACUCCAGUGGUGAAUUGUUGGAUAAAUUAGUCUACAAGUUGGCUACAUUUCGUUGCACAAAUCCUAGAACACCACAAGAGCCCGGUAAAGGCCCAAUACGUCAAGGAGAAUGUCGUGCCUAUUUAAAGAUCGGCACCAAAUUUAACAGUCUUUGUAUUGUGGCGGCGAAUAAUCAACACAGUCACUUUUUCUUUCCACGUGGCCGAUUGCUACGCCAGACUAAUGUUCGUUGUGCACCAAAAGGACCUCCUCCGCCACCGCCAAUGCACAUGACUCCAUCUAUUACCGUUCGACCGAAAGCAGAUCCGAAUCAGAAUUUUCAAACAAAGGCUAAUACCCCAACCACUCCUAAGGUGAUCGAUACUCGCUCUGUCGCUGUUACCACAGCUCAAGCUGCAUUGGUCACAUCAAACAACCCAGCUUCCGUGGCUUCGGUUUCACCCAGUUCAGUUACAACGGCUACUCCGGUAUCAUCUGGGGUCCAGUUGACCGUACCUACGGGAAUUUUACUUUCUAAUCUCAUUCCUGUCGUGCCUGCGACUACAACUGCAGUGCAGCCGUUCACGCCCGCAAACAACAUCUCUCCAGCAGCACCGGAUCAGAAAGCACGUUUCACUGAAUUGUGCCCUUAUGUUCGACUUUUGGCAUUGUUAGUUGAAUCGAACGAAGAAAAGUAUUCCAACAGGAAAAAUUUGCUCCUGGGUUUGAUUGAAGCCUGGGCGAACGGCCAAAAGGUGGAUUUGGUAGUACAUCAACUUUCUCAGAGUGCAGAUUGA